UAUGUUCUUGCACCGGGUGAAUUAUUUGGCUACUCGUGUCGUGAUCGUGUCAGUGUCCACCACAGUAUCACUUCUAUUGGAGCACGCGAUCAUACGGUUACCACUUUCGCUUUACUCGUUUGAAAGAUGGCUUUUUCGGUUCCGCUCGUCGCUCUUGAAACACAGCUUCUCGGUGGUCUUUUUCGUCUCUAGUGCAUUUUUGCGUGACCCCUCGUACUGCUACGUCUCGUCUUCUCGUUCAAACAGCAAGCAUCAUCGGUUCGUGCACGUACAGUUGGUCUCCUGUUUGUACAACAGGUAUUUGUAGCUCGUCCGGUGCCGCUGGUAUAAGUGGUCAACGCUACUACAUCCAGACUUCGGUGUCUGCUCCGUAGCAGCCGCUUGUUUCGUUUGUACUUACCGACCAGCAGAAAGUCGCUCUGUAGUUCUUGCGUGGUGACGACAACUCCAGACUUUGUCUCCUGCUUCGAACCAAAACCUUUAGGUCAAUCAGGCGACCCCACUCUUAGAGAAGCAAAAAGAAAAACAAGAACGCAGUACCACUACCACGACCCCCUCGCAACAACAAGAACUACGAAAAACAAAAUGGGUGCCGUCUGUCCCUUAUCAACUGCAAAAAUGUCUGGGUCUGGAAGGUUGGAACUUGUGAUGCUAACUUUGGACUCUAAAAAAAUCUGUAUUGCAUGACCCGCAAGAUGAGGAGUCUGAUUUGUGCUAAGCGGGGAGGGCGUUUGUCAUGCGGAGUAGACAUCAGGAAGCCCUCUAAAAAUCCGGGAUGCUAGGUCGUGCAUUGCAGACAUCCUUGAUCAUGCAAAACAUGCGUGACAAGUCUCAGAAUCUUCCAGACCCAGACACUUCUACACUUGAUAUCCCUGCUUAGCUGGUGACAGCACCGCUGGGCACGACGAGGAAAACCCGCGGGCGAAUUACGGCGCUACGGGGAACGACAAUAUGGGUGUGUCAGGAUCGAAAUCGACAAAGUUGAAAUGAUUUGUCAUGCAUAAAAGGGAUGCCAGUUGGAACCCAGUUUCCAGGUGGCGCAUGGCAAAUCUUGGCGGUUCCUAAAUCCAGUUUGUCAUGCUGUUUAGGCAAAGAAGGGCGAUUUUCUCAUGCUAUUUUAGCAGCUCGAGCCGUAACGACCCCAAACAGGCUUACAAUCGGCCUCACUUGCCUGCUCUGCAACACACGUGCCUCGGGUCAUGCAUUUUACGCAUUAUACAAAUCAUUUCAACUUUGACGAUUUCAGACCUGACGCUUCCAUAGACAAGUGCGUCUAUUUAGUCUGGUCGGAUACAUCAAUGGGUUGCAUGUUCAUGCACUACACCAAGCCGACCAAUUCCAGCGAAACCACUCUGUGUAAAAUCACGAUCUCCAGAGACCCGCCGGCGUUCAAACUGCAGAAUAACGGCGGCCGCCAGGAAUUGGGAAAGAAUUGCGGGGACAAGUCGAAGUUCUUUUCCACCUACAUGACCUUUCUGCGGGAGUCUUUCAAGUUGGGGGCAACUUCGAUUACCAUCGUCGGGCAAGCGACGUCGCACGCGGCGCAAAUCAAAAUCUUGGACAAGUCGAACACCAUGAAGACUUGUUCAGGUACUACAGAUGGGCUGUUCAACUGUAGCUUUGAAGAUCUUCCAGAUUUUUCGUAUACGCAUUCUGUAGAAGUAGAUCUAGAUCCGCCCUCCGUGCAUGACAGAUUUCCCUCACGACAAUGAAGUACUAUGUAUGCAUAGACAAAUUCAUCCAAAACUACAGGUGGCUCUCUUUCCGUCAACGCGGGCAACACGGCUGCGAUUGCGGUUCUAUCAACUGUAAAAAUGUCUGGGUCUGGAAGAAUUCAUGUUUGUCAUGCUUGUCUGGCAUGACUCUUAAAUCUGUCAUGCACGUUACCCAAGAGGUGCGUUUUUCUGUGAUGCAGAAGGGCAGUUUGUCAUGCAGAAUAGGCAACACCUAGGAGCUCAGAAAUUUGUCAUGCUGACCCAGCAUCUGUAGCCUCAUCAUCAGACGCCACCCAGCAUCACAAGGUUCCAGACCCAGACAUUUUUACAUUUGAUAGGUUCUGGGCAAAGACAACAACGCCUUGAACGCAAGUUCGAUGGAGCCGAAGUUCUUCGUGCAAAAAGCGAUGAAUGAGGGCGCGGGGGAGAUGGCUCCGUGAGAUGGUGAUGCUGAUGGGCUGUGAGUGGCAGCAUCAGAAGAGGUGUACGAUCUGAAUAAACUCGAACAAACUACUAGAGAAAUUCGAGAAGCAAACAACCACAUACAGCAGAGUUGUUUGACUUGCUAACUGUAACUUACAAACAGCAGUACAAUCAGUAAGCAAAACAAAGUAUCGAGCUUCAACUUCGCAAACGAAAAAAUCUUCAUAUAGAGAACGGCCCCCACGGCAUUUCUAUUGUGCUUACUACUUUUUUUCAUCGAUCUGUGGCACACUACAUCACAAAAUCCUUAUUCUACGAUUUCUGACGAUAAAGCGUCACUACAGCAGACGGUGGAUAUCCUUCACCUGGCUGUAGAGCAUAUAGCUUUUCCAACGUGUUUACGUCCCCAUGUGAACAAAUUUUGUUGCCUCCACUUAUGUGGGUAUCUCCUCCGUUUCACCAGUAUGAGAAUGCAGCUAUUUCGUUUCUCGCCACAACCGCGAACGGGCACACUGCAGUCUUUGACCAGUUUUGCCAGCAGCUCGCGCAUCGUG